CGGCCCGCCGCCUCCCACGCCCGAGCCCGCCGCCGCGGCGGCGUUGCCCUCCGCGCCGGACGAGGUGCGCGAUUUGCUCGAGAUGCUGAUGCCGUGGCCGCCCCGGUCGGACCAGAGUUUGGUCGACUAUGCGGUCGAGGUGACCGCCGAGUGCGAGGAGAGGGUGGCGGAGGUGCUGAGCGAGUUCUCGCUCCCGAUGUGGAGCUUCAGCCGAGAGGACGCCCUGCGCCUCCUCGCGCACCCGGAACUGUGUGCGCGCCUCGGGCUGUGUGUCGGGUAGCAAGAUCCACCCUUUGGGACAUUGGGAACGCUCGUGUUACGGCAUCGCGCCGGUCUGUGCUGCGUGCUGCGCACAAGGUGGCCCCCUGCAGCCUACUGUGUACUGACCGCUCAGGCUCACGUCUCGUUGAAUUCGACGGAGUCAACCAAGAUUAUUCGACGGAGUC